AUGAAAGCCGAAAUCAGCUCCCAGACAGAUAUCUCGUCCAAGGAUUUCUUCGAGACCCAAAGUGCCAAUUCAAGAAGCCAAAUGACUUCCCUGAAGACAAGGGAGAAUAAACUUAACAGCAAGGUUUGUCUGCUAGAGCCUCUCCAAGAGCAAGUCUAUAACACCCGGGCCCCGGUCUUCCAAGCCAGAGGGGCGAGGAGCGUCUUCACUGAAGGCGGGCGCGUCUCGACUGAUGUCGGGUUGGUGACGUUGGAGGAAGAAAUCAACAGCUUUUCCAGCGCCCUGGAGUGGAAGCAAAGAUUUCAAGAGAUAUAUGGAAUCGAAUACGACGGCAUCGCUUCCGAGAAGAUACCCGGACGAGUCGUGGAAACCCUGAACUUCAGAGCAGAUUUUCAGCUUCUGCCUCGGUAUAGAGAUACUAGUAGUGUUACUACUACGCUCUGCGACACCAUGGUUAUGAUGCGGUGGUCUGCUGAUGGAAGAGCGCUGAUUACCUAG